AUGGAAGGUGGAGUUCUAGUGGACAUUAGUGACACCUGCUUGGCCUCCGAGAAACCAUUCCUGGAUUUGGAAUCCUUCGUUGGCGAUUUGAAUGUUGACGAUGAUACUCCCAGCGAUGAUAUAUCCCUUGAAGGACUUGAGGAAGAGUUACAAGACUGUAAAAUUGAUGAUGUUGUUGCAAACAUACUCUCUAAAGGAACAGCAUUGCGGGAAUACACUAAAGGUGUUGAAAACAAUUUGCGGCAAGUUGAAUUGGAUUCUAUCCAGGAUUACAUAAAGGAAAGUGAUAAUCUAGUCUCACUUCAUGAUCAAAUUCGUGAUUGCGACAUGAUCCUAUCCCAAAUGGAGACUCUUCUUAGUGGAUUUCAGACUGAGAUAGGUUCUAUAAGUUCAGAUAUCAAAGUUCUUCAAGAGAAGUCUAUGGAUAUGGGACUGAGGCUGAAGAAUCGCAAGGUGGCAGAGUCAAAGCUGGCAAAGUUUGUUGAAGAUGUUAUUGUUCCUCCAAGGAUGAUAGACAUAAUUGUUGACGGAGAGGUUAAUGAGGAAUACAUGAGGACCCUUGAAAUUUUGAGUAAGAAGCUGAAGUUUGCUGAUGCAGAUCUCAUGGUUAAAACCUCAAAAGCUCUUAAAGAUGUUCAGCCUGAGCUAGAAAAACUUCGGCAGAGCAACAUAAGUAAGGUGUUUGAUUUCAUGGUUCAGAAGCUAUAUGCUUUAAGGAAACCAAAAACUAAUAUCCAGAUCCUUCAGCAGAGUAUACUUCUAAAACAUAAGUAUAUCCUUUCCUUUCUCAAGGAGCAUGGCAAGGAGGUGUAUCUUGAGGUUCGAGCAGCAUAUAUUGACACAAUGAACAAGGUUCUAAGUGCACAGUUCCGCGCUUAUAUUCAAGCUUUAGAAAAGCUGCAGUUGGAUAUAGCAACAUAUAAUGAUCUGAUAGGUGUUGAGACCAGAAGCACAGGUCUGUUUUCGAGAGGAAGAGAACCGUUGAAGAAUAGGUCUGCAGUUUUUGCUCUUGGAGAAAGGAUCAACAUUCUUAAGGAGAUUGAUGAGCCUCCAUUAAUUCCGCAUAUUGCUGAAGCCAGCUCAAAAAAAUAUCCGUACGAGGCCCUUUUUAGGAGUUUGCACAAGCUGCUCAUGGAUACUGCUUCUUCUGAGUACCUUUUCUGUGAUGAUUUUUUUGGUGAAGAGGCGAUGUUUUAUGAUAUAUUUGCUGGCCCAUUUUCAGUAAUUGAUGAGCAUUUUGGUACAAUCCUUCCCAACAGUUUUGAUGCAAUUGGCCUAUUGCUCAUGAUUCGCAUCAUACACCAGCAUCAGCUGGUAAUGUCCAGGCGCCGCAUUCCAUGCCUGGAUUCAUACCUAGACAAGGUUAAUAUUGCUUUAUGGCCACGUUUCAAGAUGGUCUUUGACUUGCACCUCAACAGCCUCCGAAAUGCCAACACAAGGACUCUCUGGGAAGAUGAUGUUCACCCACAUUAUGUCAUAAGGCGCUAUGCAGAGUUUACUGCUUCCCUUAUUCACCUUAAUGUAGAGUAUGGAGAUGGGCAGCUUGAACUGAAUCUGGAAAGGCUCAGAAUGGCUGUUGAUGACUUGCUUGUCAAGCUAGCCCAGAUGUUCGCUAAACAAAAGCUGCAAAUGGUAUUCCUUAUAAACAACUAUGACAUGACAAUAUCGGUUCUAAAGGAAGCUGGUCCAGAUGGUGGGAAAAUCCAGCAGCACUUUGAAGAGCUUCUAAAGAAUAACACAACCAUAUUCGUGGAAGAAUUGCUGUUGGAGCAUUUUAGCGAUCUUAUCAAGUUUGUAAAGACGAAAGGAUCUGAGGAUCCAAGUACUGGCACUGAAAGACCUAUAACUAUUGCUGAAAUCGAGCCGAUUGUAAAGGACUUCGCAAGUAGAUGGAAAGCUGCCAUUGAACUUAUGCACAAUGAUGUCAUUACUUCUUUCAGCAAUUUCCUUUGUGGUAUGGACAUUCUAAGAGCUGCAUUAACUCAACUUCUUCUUUAUUAUACGAGGCUUUCUGAUUGUAUAAAGAGGAUAAAUGGUGGGUCUACCUUGAACAAGGAUCUUGUUUCAAUUUCAUCCAUUAUGUAUGAGAUCAGGAAAUACUCGAGGACUUUCUAGGACAUUU